UGUGGACCAUCUGAUCCGGUAUUGCCUGUGCGCUCCUGCUCCUUCGUGGAUCCAGUUGUCCAGCUUUUUCAACCGUCUUGUUCUUUCCAUGUUUAUAAACAGAGGGUAGAGAUAAAAAAAGGAAAGAAAAAAAAUCUGAGGUGGGCAAACCAGCUACACUGCAGACACCACAUGUUCCUGGAGCUGGGAUUGAGAUUGAGAUCUGCUGAAAAAUAUUUGACAUUACAACACACAUGUCCAUUAAAUGCACCAUUUUUUUUCAUGCAUCUUGCUCAGACUGUUGUCUAAAGAUCAACAUAAUGAAGUGUAAUCCCUGUGGAUAUAUUUUCAGUGGCUGUAAUUUGUGUGAUUUACGUUUUGAUCUUGCUUGUUUAGUCCAAAGAACCAUAUGCACUGAUUCAUAUUUAUCAUGCAGAACAGACAUGAAAGUGAAAGACAAGUACAUGAUCGGCUCUGGGUGACACCAUGCAUCCGUGGUAUUAACACAGCAGAUCACAAAUCUCGAGAUACUACUGAAGUCAGCCUCCAGUUUCCUGGUGUGACGACAUGAACUGCAGCGUAUCGACCGAGGUGCCCAGAUGUGGCGUUCAGGGAAGAGAACUCGCAGAAUCGAAAGCAAUAAUGUUGUGGACUACUUUAUUUGUUAUCAUCUACCUGUAUGGCAUGUUUCUGUGUCUGCCGCCUACAUUAAUAACACCGCAGAUUUGAUUGUACGACAUGGAUUUUUAGACUACUUUUAUUUACGUUAUUAGUAGAAAAUUAAUUGCUUUUGUUAGUGAACAAACUAAAAGGGAUAAAAAUCCACUAAAUCUAUUUCCAUUUUUUUUUAAUCUGCUGUACAAAUGGGACAAAAAAAUAAAACUUACUAGGCUGUGUUUUGACUGUUCAAUGUGUUGAUCCCAAUUUGCAAAUCUAUUUAUUAGUUAUUUCUAACAGUAAGCCCUGAACUAACAGGCUAAUUUCUGUUGGAUGUAAAAUGGACGCUCCUCCGAUUCCAGGCGUAAACAUUUUUGCUAGAAGACGAAACUGAGCGUGUUUUCGCUGAUUGGAUAUUACAUGCAGCAGUUAACGAGCAGGCCCUGAACGCAUCAUCCGUCCCCCGCUCCCGUGGAGACUCCGGUCCGGCUCUUGCGCCGAACCCGGACUCCAUGUUGUUCCGACAGCCACGGAGCGAACAAGUGCCCUGGCCGAAAACUCUCACGUUGCAACUCUGUGUGUGCAAGAAGUAAAGUGUGUGCGUGCGUGCGCGUGUGUUGACCCUCCGAAAGAAGAUGGCAGACUACCGGGACGACACCGGAGCUCGAGCCCUGCUUGCUUUACAGUCAGCACCAUGCAGUCCCGUGCGCGUCGCGGUGACCUCGCACGCCUAUCACCCGCAGUCGCUCUCCCUCUUGGGUCCUCCGAUGAUGGACGCCCGCACCGACGUCGGGAUUCAACCCCUGCGCCUCGCUUGUCCUCCUCCGCAGGCCCUGGCCAGACUCGAGGGCCGGGACUUUGAGUUUGUCAUGCGCCAGAGGACGGUCACCAUAGGCCGGAACUCGUCUCACGGCUCCGUGGAUAUAAACAUGGGUCACUCGAGCUUCAUUUCGCGGCGACACCUGCAGGUCACCUACGACGACGCGGGCGGCUUCUCCCUCCGGUGCCUCGGCAAGAAUGGUGUGUUCGUUGACGGGGUGUUCCAGCGGAGAGGGGCGCCGCCGCUGCCGCUACCCAGAGAGUGUGUGUUUCGUUUUCCUAGCACGGUCAUCAAGAUCCAGUUCAUGUCUCUCAUGGAGCCCGAGGAGCACAGAGAGAGGGAGCAGCCCUCUCUUCCCCCUCGCCCACUUCUGCCCCACAUUUCCCCCCUCAAAAUCAGCAUUCCCACGGCGCAGCAGCAUGAAGAACACAUCAGGGCUUUUGGCUCGCCGCUGCCCUCGCCCACAGGCACCAUCAGUGUUCCUAACUCCUGUCCAGCAAGUCCACGAGGGGCAGGGUCAUCAGGGUAUCGCUAUGGACGCAACGUGACAUCUGACCUCCAGUUAGCAGCUGAAUAUGCUGCCAAGGCCGUUUCUGAGCAAAGACGGAGCAUUGCUGAGCAGAGAGGUGGGGGAAGCGAGCCGAGGGGGGAGUCAGCUGGUGGAGACAGCCCCAAGGAUGAGUCCAAGCCACCUUAUUCCUAUGCACAGCUGAUCGUCCAGGCCAUCUCGUCUGCCCCGGACAAGCAGCUGACUCUCAGCGGCAUCUACGCCCACAUCACCAAACACUACCCCUACUAUCGCACUGCAGACAAGGGCUGGCAGAACUCAAUCAGACACAACUUGUCUCUCAACCGCUACUUUCUGAAAGUGGCCCGCUCUCAGGAUGAGCCCGGCAAAGGGAGUUUUUGGCGCGUGGAUUCUGCUUCUGAGAGCAAGCUGGUGGAGCAAGCCUUCAGGAAAAGACGGCAAAGAGGGGUGGCUUGCUUUAGGACGCCGUUCGGACCCCUCUCUUCUAGGAGUGCCCCUGCAUCCCCGACCCACCAGGGACUUCUUUCUCCUCCAUCCAGCGGGCUGCAGACUCCUGAAUGUCUGAGCAGGGAGGGCUCUCCGAUCUCCCACGACCACCAUGAACAGCUGGCUAGCAAACUGGCAUCUGUACCUGAGUAUAGGUACUCUCAGAGCGCCCCAGGAUCUCCGGUCAGUGCUCAGCCUGUCAUCAUGGCUGCACCCCAUCACCCAUCAAUCCUGCCCUCAGGUGUGGGGAAAGCCCUCGCUUUAGUUCCUGGCGGUGGCCAGCCCAUCCACCUGCUUCAGAACCCCAACCAGUCUCUCACCAUGGUGCGGGUGGUGACCAGUGGCCCUCUAACAUCCAACCCACCGAAUGGGUACAGCAACCCCUCCGCUGGGGGAGGAGAUGGCAACAGUGAGCUCAGAGAAGCUCAGCUGAGCAGAGAGCGAGUGAUCCAGACAGUAGACAGUGCAGUGCAGGGUGGGGACGGGAGGAACUUCGCCCCAGGUUUCCAUCAACUUCCUGUCCGUGCUGUUACCCAGAAUGGCAAACACACCACUGCUGCUGUCGACACAGCAACCAGCCUUGCUAAUGCAUCUGGCCUGAGUAGUCCUCUCCAGAUCUUGGCUGCCCAGGCCUCCAGCUCCCCUCCAGUGUUGGUGAGCAGACAGCCGAGUGCAGAAACUUUAGCCGAGCAGCCAGGAGAGCCCCAGGCCAAGCGGCCAAAGCUGGAGGACGAGGAUGGAACUGAAUCUGCUCCGCAUCAAGUCACACCUGCCCAGCAGCCCGUCAUUGUUGCCAUGACAUCACAAACCCAUGACCCUAGGAAGUAAAACCCAGAGCCUCUUACCAGGUACCCAGUGGACAGCCUCCUUAUCGUCCUCUAACUGCUUCGACUUUUAUACUCAUUUGAUAUGACUGCAGCCGACACGGCCAAAAAAUGUACAGGCAGCCUCUCUCAACAGAAGGGAAUUCAAUCGUGAGGAACAUAUAUUUUGGUCAAAAGUAGAUGAAAACCUUUAAAUGCAUUCUGAAUGUAAAAAAAAAAAAAAAAAGCAAGUAAAUCUUUCAGGACUUUUUCUCAGCUUUACAGUUUUUAAUGUAAUCCAUCAUUCACUGACGAUACAAACGAGUAAGGACGUUAAGCUUAUGAGAGCAUUAUGCAUAUUAAAAUCACUUCAGCACUACUUUUACUAUGUGAAUGUUGGAUAAUAUCUCAGAUACAACAUUUCCUUCUAGUUGAUGGAUCAGAUGCAUCAGUCGCUCUCAGGCCAAAGAACUCACCUCUCCUACAUUUCUGAUUAGAGUCACUGCCUGAUUUAAAACCAGGGAAUUUGUGUUCAGAGAUUUGAAAUGGCCGGCAUUUACAGAAGAAACUGUGACGAUCAGAGUUGAUUUACUGUGUAGUUUCACACAGACAGAGAGGACUUAUCUACGUAUACCCAGACCAGACUAAGGGGCUUGGGAGACUGUUAAGAAUAUGAUUGUACUCUUUUUUUUCUUUUUUUUUUUUAAGGCAAUCCAUACAGAAAAAAAACAGGUUGGUCUUAGAAAAGAAAGAUGUUAAUAUUAAGGCUUAGAACAGAAUGUGAGACGUCUCUUCUCCUUGCCUUCUCUGUAUAGUAUAAAAAAAAAAGAUAAUGUUUCGGGGGAAGCGUUAGGAGGAAAUCCAGGACCCAAAACCAGGACUUUGCAGUUUCUGCUUCACUUCGGCACAGUUUGGUUUAUCAGUGUGAAACUUCUCAGAUUCAAGAUGAUCUGGGUGAUUGGAAAGCAGAGAAGGGCAAAAAAACAGAGGCAACUAUUUGGAGUUGAUUGAAGUGGAGCUAACCUAAUGUAGACAAACUGAUUGUUGUUUUAAUUUUGUUUUUUUUUUUCUUGUUUCAGUAGUGGUAAAAGGAAAAUGGAACAGCCUGUGCGUACAGUUUUGUUUGUCUUAGCACAGAAAAGCAUUAUUGUAAUAAUCCUUAAAGCCUUAAAUAUUUCUACAUUGUUUUGUUUUUGUCAUUUUAUUUUAACCUUUAGUCAGCUUUACCUUUUUAGAUUGUUAACACGGCGCUUCUUUAACAGCACACGACCUGCAACACUACAAUGGUGACAGUUCUGUUGCAUCAGUAGACUUGUAUCAGUUUUAUCAGGGGAAGGGCGGGACCAACACAUGACCACAAAUUUCAAAUGCUCUCGUCUUUUUUCUUUCUUUUCUGUUUGGUACUUUUGACACCUUUUUUCUACUCUCGUUUGCUUUCAAUUUCCCCUAAAAGACAUUAACCUUCUUUCUCCCAAUCUACCUCUCCUCUCCUCAGCGAGCAGAAUCUCUAUCUUUGCCGUCUCUACAGAGGCAUCAAGCUGUCGGCAAUUCCUGUCACAGACUCUGCCUUAAUUAGAUAUUCUCCAGCACUUUCUCCCCCCCCAACCCUUUCUAAUCUCUCAUUCUCACUCUGCCUUUAGCUUUUUUCUGAAUGCACGGGCCUCAUUUUGUUUUGUUUUUUUUAGCUGGCGAUCAGGCACAGUUUUCGCGCAAGGUUUCAGUGAUUGUUGUUGCACAUUAGAAAAAAAAAACAAAACAAAAAAAAGAUGCGUAAUGAUUGUAUGCUGCUCUAUCUGCUAAAUGACAAAGCUAUUUAGAAGGUAUUUUUUUCUUAUUUUGGAAAAAAAGAAAAAAUAUUUUGCUAUGUGUUUAAAAAAAAAAAACAGCUGUCAUCAAUACGUAAACAUUCUGGAAAUAGAGAAGUAUCUGUAUUUUUAAAUGUACCUGUUUUUGUGAUUUGUUAAAAUGUGUAGCACAAAUUAAAA